GUGGGCGACCAUCGCGCUGCGCCGUCUGUGAUCGCGCUUUCUUGACCGAAUGUUGAGGCUAGACUCCUAUCUUCUGGUGUGCUGUUACUUACUGUUACUUGGGAUGAAAAUCCUGAAUGAAGAAAAAGAAUUGCCUCAUCCUCUCCUGAUAGAUCAUCGCGUAAAAAAGGGGAAAGGAGCAAGAAAGAAGAAGGCAACCCUCCACGUCCACUCACGCACAGAUGAUAGUGAAUGUCUACCAUUAAGGAUGUCUCCUAGAUCGAAGUUACGUACGCGAAUGCAAAGAUCGCGCUGUACAAUGGGAUGAGUCCAUGUGGGAUAUGGAAGGGAACAACCUUGACGCAGUUGGAGAUAAGGAUUAAGGCGUUGUUCUUGGUUGAUUUGUUUCAGCCUCUGAACGUUGUUUGGUUCAACAUCUGAACGUUGUUGGUUGAUUUGUUUCAACAUGUGAACGUCACGACCCUAAAGUUGCAUGGUCUGUCUGUUGAGUAUAAGGCUGACACAUUCACGUCAUCCCUUGAGCGGAUAGAAUUAGAAUACUAAAACUCGUCCUCGUCGCGACGGUGGUCGUUCUACCUCUAGUACUCCUACUCACGACAUAUGAGUAAGUACUGACUUACACCCUCACACUCUAACAUAGAGGCGACGUGGAAAAGGAGUUCGAUCGCUUGAACAAUAUGGUCACGGACUUGCAGCAGAAGAACAACGUUCUGAAGGAUAGGAAUAGGAAGCAUUUAGAGGAGAAGGAUAGACUUUUCACACAAAAAAUUGAGAUGGAGGAAGAUAUGCGAAGGUUGAGUUAUGCUGGUGACAGUUUGUCUUUGUUUGUUUCUUUACUAUGUUAAAGAAGCACACCCGUCAAAAUAUAUGACUGGGUAUAUCACCAUCCUCAUCAAUGUAUAUCCAAAUGCUCGUGGAGGAGGUGUCCUCCAUCUUAGAACUAGAAACAGUUUCUAGUUCUAAACGGGUACUGCUACAACUGGUAUAGUUCAUUUGUAUUAUUUCAUCUUCUAGCUUUCCUCUCACUCCACGUCCGUCGUGUUGCUUCUUCCCUAUGAUCCCUCUCUAUUAUCCCUCUCCUCUUCUAACCAAAAGAGCAAGUCGAACGCGCUGAAGAAAGAGCAGAGAACUACAAGCAAAUCAUGCAUGGCAAAGAGCGGGAAAUCGAGAAUUUGAAGGGCGACUUAGAAAGACUUGCUCAGCGUCAUGAGGUCCUAGUGGAGCGUCGGAGACUAAGCUAAGACGGG